GACUUUCUGCUUGCAAUUUGCGUUGCAUCAGUUGAGCCAAGGCUUUGUAGCAGACGGGGAGAGGAGAGGUUGCCAUUUACACCCCCCACUCCCCCUCUUACGUUUAGGGAAGAGCUCAUGUCUGGUGUCAGUAGAAACCUUAACGUGCUAACACUAAGCUGUGGUGUUGAAUGCCUCUCCUGCUCCCCCCUUUGGAUUGCUGUGAAGGACUGAAUAAUGUGGAUUAUAGCAAGGUGGACCUCUCAGCCAUGUCUCGUCUCCUGGAAUAUGUGGAUGUGACAGACCUGCACUUUGUGGCUGCUAUCCUCUGCAUUGCCUUUAACCCACUCUUCUGGAAUCUGGUCGGGAGAUGGGAGCACCAGACGCGGUCGCUCACUCGCACCUUCCGUUCCCCAUACGUGGCAUGCUACUGUCUAGGAGCCGUCAUCCUGCUGCUGAACUUUCUGCGGAGUCACUGCUUCACGGAAGCCAUAAAGAGCCAACCCAAACUGGAGGUUCUGGAUUGUCUUCCCGGCUACUGUGCUGGCCUGAUUAUUGCGGCCGUCGGCACGGUGUUUGUCGUUUCCAGCUUCCUCGCACUGGGUUUCGUUGGCACGUUCUUGGGUGACUACUUCGGCAUCCUCAUGGAGGCGAAAGUGACGUGCUUCCCGUUCAGCAUUCUGGACAACCCCAUGUAUUGGGGCAGCACUAUCGUUUACCUGGGGUGGUCCAUCAUGCAUGCGAGCCCAGCUGGUAUUAUCUUGACAGUGGCCGUAGCGCUGUGCUACACAAUUGCUCUGCUCUACGAAGGGCCUUUCACCGAAGAGAUCUAUCGCCAGAAGGCAACCAGGAGCAAAUAGCGCCAGAUGUGGCCGCGAAGGCCCAAGGAGAGCCACCAGGGCAGUUCAGAAACCAGAAGCCAGUCUGCCAGGGCCAGCCCCACUGCCACGGGACAAUUUGAUGGGAUAUGAAAGUUCAGCCUGACUUCGAAUUAUGCUUUCCUCCAACUCUUCCAAAGUCCCUUGGAAACAGAGGGUGAAGGGAGGCCUUCCAGCCUUCACAAAAGCUCCCACCAACCCAGGCGGGGGGCUUUUUUCAGCUGCACCUCAGGCUUUCAACAUGUUCCAUUAAGAGCACAAGCCUGAAUGUGUCAAUUAUAUACUUGAGAGUGUCAAAAGAACUGUUCAGGCAGGAAACCUUGGAAUUUUAUGUAACCACACUCACACACACAACAUGCAUGCAUGCACACACACACACACACACACACACAAAGGAAGAAUUGACAGCUAAUGUACAUUAUUUGGGAGGGAGCAAGAAGAAACAGGGGCGCCUGUUGUGUAGCUACUGGCAUUUGCAAAGUGUGGAUGAAACGGGGGAAAAGGGUGGAUCGGAGCACAGAACGGGGCGUCCUGGUCCUGUGAAAAAUUACCGCACCAAAGUUUAGCUUCUGACAGUCCCUUCACCGAAGCAUAAAUGGUUGGAGAUCUCUCUCUUCUGUCCUCUCUUAAAGAAGCUCUGUCCCAGGGUGGGCCAACUUGGCCUGCCGCCUGUCAUUGAACUAGAAUUCCCAUCAUUCCCAGCCACUGUUUUAUUGUGGGAGUUGUUCAACAACAGCUGGAGGGCCAAGUUGGCCAAAGCACUCCCACUCAAAAGGCUGGGUCAAGAGUGUUUUGCAGAGACGUGCUGCAGUUAUGGAUGCAAUGCACAAUCAGAACAGCCGUGCGGUGCAACUAGGCCAGGCUGCAGCUGGCAAGUAACUCAUCAGUCCCUGUAAUCUCUGCCUGCCCUUGAUUGUCAUUGGCUGAUCUGCUCUGAUGUCACAGUGGGGCUUUGCAAGCAGAAGAAUGGCUACUCCUCUUGCUGCUAUUGGCUUAACUGUUCUGAUGUCACGGAGAGACUGGGGCAGCCUUGGCCCAUAGAGCUGAAUGUUCAAGUGGAUACAAGAGAUGUCAGAAUUCCAAGGUACAGCAAGCCACUUUUCUUAGACUGAACCAGAGAAGUAUUGCCUCCAAACCAAGAUUCAUGAUAACAGCCCUGCUGCACAUUGCAGUUUUGAACUGUGAAUAUGUCUGCUGUGGCACAGUGAUCAAUUAAUUCCAUUUCAAAGGCCUCCAGAAAAAAGCAGGCUGCCACUGUCAAACCUAUCGCACAACCUAUUGCACAACUUAAGAGAACCAGCGUGGUAUAGUGGUUAGAGUGCUGGACUAGGACCGGGGAGACCCGAGUUCAAAUCCCCAUUCAGCCAUGAUACUAGCUGGGUGACUUUGGGCCAGUCACUUCUCUCUCAGCAUAGCCUACUUCACAGGGUUGUUGUGAGGAGAAACCUAAGUAUGUAGUACACCGCUCUGGGCUCCUUGGAGGAAGGGCAGGAUAUAAAAUGUUAACAAACAAACAAACAAAACCCUGAAUGGUCUAAUGUGGAUAUCACAAGACUUCUCCCUGCUUGCAUUUUCCAUUCACACAAAUGCUCUUGGUUGAAAGUAGUUUCGAUUGGAAUGCACUCCAAUAUGGACUGCAGCUAAGAUCACAUCUAUAGUUACACACUGAAACUGGUUUCACUCGUUUCCUGAAAUUGUGUGUGUUUGUCGGCUGUCUGGGCCCACGUUUGUCUGAGCAAAGCCUCAAAGUACUUUGAAGACCAAGGAAUGGGGAAGCCAUCAGGUGUACACAGCGUUAUCAGGAAGCUAGACCCUUUUCCUUCAGAGUACAAUGGUGCUAUACAUUCUUUUGGUCUGUUGUCUCUCCCUUUUUGUUUUCAUUCAGUCACUUUCAAAGUUCAGCUUGGAUUUUUGUCACGAAAGCAUCAAAGCCGUAUGUGUGUUGUGCUCCUCUCCCAUUGUUUCCAAACUCUCCCUAGAAUCAGUUUCUGGGGCUUACCUAAAUUCCUUCCACUGCCACUCUAGCCCUCUGUCCUUUGUAAGUUUUAACCUUUUGAGGUGACUCCAGUACUCCUGUAUAUCCUAAUAUAAGCUCAGUAUAUUGCAAACCGAGCCGGAUUAACCAUUGCGUUAUGCAUGUCAUAGAACAGUGUCUCGAUCAAACAUAGGGUUUUUUGGUACAUUUAUCUGAUUCUUUUACUCUACGUCCACACCAGUUGCACUUUAUGGUCCUCCUGAGCACUGAACACCCGUUUGAGAAAUAAAAGUCCAACAUUGUUUAUUUA